AUGAACGGAAACGUGUCGUUGAAAUAUACGCGGUACAACAGUAAUGGGACCGCACCCAUCGCCGGCCACACGACUAAACUCAAUAUUGCCGACAGAUAUGGGUUGAGCACGCGAGAUCUGCAUGUCUUUGAUUUGCCAUCCGGUGGAUUCCCGCAUACCCUGGUCAGGGAGAAUACAAUCCUGAUUCACCUGUUUGAUUUGCGAUUAUUGGUGCAACAUGAUCAUGCUCUGCUAUUUACCGUCACCGAAUCCUCCUCUCCUGACCCUGUUCCUGGUCAAAGGGACAACAGCCACGAGCCACAGCAGAAUACUGAUAGUGGUAGUGAUAAUCGCACCGUAUCGCGCGUAUUUACUCACUUCAUUGAGGAAAAGACCCGAGUCGAGCAGUCAAAUGUUGGCUGGUUAGUGAACCAGCCCUACGAGCUAUGCGUUGUGGAAGCCGCAUUUGCAGCUGUAACAUCGGUCCUCCGGGCCGAAUACAUCCUGACCAAGCAGCAAAUUUAUAAUACGUUAAAAAUGACCACCCUAGACAAGCUAGGCGGAGACGAAAGCCUAGUUUACACAGAACUACGCCUGAUCCUCGAUCUGACGCGGAAGCUCGCCCGUAUCCAACAGCGUACGUCUCAGGUGCGAGACACUGUACAGGAAGUUCUGAAUGAAGAUGAGGACAUGGCUAGUAUGUAUCUCACCGAUAAGAGGGCCGGAAAGCCACACGCUGCGGAGGAUCACCAGGAUGUGGAGUAUCUAUUCGAAGCGUACUUCAAGGCAAGCGAUUCGGUGGUGCAGGAUGCAACGAGUCUAAUUGACAAUAUUCGACGCACCGAGGAAACCAUCCAGUCCACCCUUAGUGUGCGACGAAACCAGAUCAUGAUAUUGGAAGCAAAGAUUGAGAUUAUGAUGCUGGCAAUCGCAGGGCCUACUCUUAUUGCGGGUUGGUAUGGUAUGAAUGUGCUAAACUAUUUCGAGGACAGUGGUCAGGCUUUCGCUGCUAUCGUUUUCACCUCGUUUGCUGCGAUAGUCUCGGCUUCGUGGUAUGGAAUGCGGAAGUUGCGGCGGAUCCAUGCCUUGCGGUUCUAG